UAUGAUAACGUUAGCUAAAAGCCAGUCUGCGGCUUCUGUUCCUUAACAGCCGAGCUGCACCCAUUAACAAGGCACCAGCGGUGCUUCCUUUGCUGUACUGGAGAACAGGGAUUCAUCCCUAUUGGUCACAACAAAAGCACCUGUGAACUGGACCUCCACCUUUGUAGGGAUUAAGAGCCACGGUGGACGGAAACGCUGCAUUUAAGUUGUCACCAUGUUCAAUCUGAUGAAAAAGGAUAAGGAGAGAGAAGGGAGUAGGAAGGAGAAGAAGGAUAAAAAGGAGAGGAUGUCUGCAGCAGAGUUGCGCAGCCUGGAAGAGAUGAGUAUGCGGCGUGGUUUCUUCAACUUGAAGAGAGAGGCCAAGCGUGAGUCCAAGAACAAACUAGAGAUCUCCAACCCCAUUCCAAUCAAAGUGGCCAGCAGCAACGAGCUCACCCUCACUGACAUUGAAUCAGAUGGCCUGAGUAACCGAAGCAGCAUGGUUUUGGAUGACCAGCUGAGCGCUGCCAGCUCCACUGAUGACCUGAAGGGUGAGGGCGGAGGAGGACAGGACGGACAUCGCAGCUCAGUACGUGAUCGCGUGGCUCACUUUGGUUCACUUGCCAAGACGAACUCCUCUCAGGUGGGUCAGAUGAUGAAACGCUUCUCCUUCUCCCAGAGGAGUAAAGAGGAGAGCCCCUCAGAGGGCUCCACCCCCUCGGGCCAGAACUCUGCUGCCCCGUCCCCACAAGUGGAGAGCAAAGUUUUCAGCAUGCUUCGUAAGCACAGCCUAAGGCAGCAGCCUGAAGCAGCGCCAGCCACUAAAAAAGUCUACAUUCCUGAAGUGGUCGAGAAGACCUUCCCUGCACAGCUGCAGCUGCCGGCUGUGGUCGCACCAAGUGAACCAGAAAUACGUGAGCUGGAGCUCCAACGCCGCAACACUGGUGACUUUGGAUUUUCUCUGCGUCGCACCACUAUGCUGGACCGCAGUCCUGAUGGAGGAGUGUACAGGCGUGUGGUCCACUUUGCUGAGCCUGGCGCUGGCACCAAGGACCUGGCGCUGGGACUAGUGCCUGGCGACAGACUGGUGGAGAUAAAUGGACGCAAUGUGGAGAACAAGAGCCGGGACGAGAUAGUGGAGAUGAUUCGUCAGUCGGGAGACACGGUGAGGCUGAAGGUGCAACCCAUCCUGGAGCUGAGCGAGCUGAGCCGCUGCUGGCUGAGGAACACAUCUGGACUGCGCAGGGAGGCCAGACAUCGAGUGGACGUUUGCCAGAAGGCCGCUGGGAACAGCUGGUUUGAUGGGAUUAGCUCUUAG